AUGGCGUCCACUGUUUCAGAUUCGAUUCGCAUCCUCGACAAGAGCGGUAAAGAGAUCACCACCGUUGGUUUCGAGCGCUUCGGUUUCGACUGCGAGGUCCCUCUGGCUGUCCUCCGUUCCCUCUACCUGCGCUCCCACUACGUCCUUACCGCCCCGUCCACCGCCCCCGAGUCGGGGAAGACUAAGGAGGACGAGGUUCAUGCAAAAGUCAGCGGCGAUCUGGAAGCCUAUCAGUCCAAGUCAAUCUUCCACCCGGACAUCCAAUCCAUCUCAUACACCACCCUCACUCGCUUCCCCCCUGUCAAGCUCCUCGCCCCUUCGAAGCGCAAGCGCAUCCUCGUCACCGGUGGCGCGGGAUUCGUCGGCUCGCACCUGGUUGACCGUCUCAUGAUUCUCGGCCAUGAAGUCACUGUCCUGGACAAUUUCUUCACCGGGUCCAAGACCUCCGUAAGCCACUGGGUAGGUCACCCCAAUUUCGAGCUCGUGCGCCACGAUGUCGUAGAACCCUUCAUGAUCGAGUGUGACCAAAUCUACCAUCUCGCAUGCCCCGCAUCUCCUCCGCAUUAUCAGUUUAACGCUGUGAAGACUGUGAAGACUUCCUUCAUGGGAACUCUGAACAUGCUCGGUCUCGCAAAGCGUACGAAGGCCCGUUUCCUAAUCACGAGCACAUCCGAGGUGUACGGUGACCCCGAGGUGCACCCCCAACCGGAAGACUACUGGGGACAUGUCAACCCUAUUGGCCCCCGGGCUUGCUACGACGAGGGAAAGCGUGUCGCCGAGACUCUGACGUACGGCUACCACCGCCAGGAUGGUGUAGACGUCCGCGUUGCUCGUAUUUUCAACACCUAUGGCCCGCGAAUGAACCCGUUCGACGGCCGUGUUGUCUCGAACUUCAUCGUCCAGGCGCUGCGCGGAGAAGACAUGACCGUCUACGGCGACGGCAAGCAGACGCGCUCGUUCCAGUACAUCCACGAUCUGAUCGACGGCCUGAUCGCGCUCAUGAACUCGGAGGAGACGCGCCCGGUGAACAUCGGGAACCAGGACGAGUUCACCAUCGGCGAGUUCGCCGAGCUCGUGCGCGAGAUCGUGGAGAAGGUGCAGCGGGAGGACGGCGAGCUGCCCCCGCGCCGCGUCCAGAUCGUGUACAAGCCCAUCCCCACGGAUGACCCCCAGAAGCGGCGGCCUGAUACCACGCGCGCGAGGCAGGUGCUUCAGUGGCAGCCGCGCUGGACGGUCAGGAUGGGCCUCGAGGAGAUGGUGCGGUACUAUAAGGCGAAGAUGGUCGAGGGCAGCAUUUAG